UAGAGGAGCUGAACCCGAGAGAUGCGCACUUAAUUAACUUCAUCUCUUUCCUUUUUGCCGUCCUCAAAGCCCCUCUGUCCUCCGUCACAAUUCCCCUCCAGAGCGGCUCCGCGGGUUUUCUGUCAUCCGUUCGUCCCCGAAGCGCGCGGAGGAAGUGGCCGGUGGUCUUCCUGGUGAGCGCCGUCGCGAUGGUCCUGCUGGCUCUGGCCGUCGCCGUCCCGCUGCUGCUGCUCCGCACCUCCGAGACCUCCGCUCAUUACUAUGAGAUGAUGGGCACCUGUCGGAUGGUGUGCGACCCGUACACCCCGAAACCGGGAAGCGCCACCGCCAUGGAGGUGAUCCAGAAUGUGAAUGGGGUAGCUCCGCAUCCGCCCAUGGCGCAGGGGAGCCGCGGGGAGCCAGGGCGACCGGGUAAACCGGGAUCAAGGGGCCCACCGGGAGAACCAGGACCCCCAGGUCCGAGGGGGCCACCGGGAGAGCGCGGCGACAGUCGACUCGCCUUCCCAGCGAUAACCGGACUUGGUGGGGGUGAGAACGCUGAACCGGACGGUGUGAACUCCACGGGCAACAGUUACAGGAUCGCUUUUUACGUGGGUCUUAAGAACCCGCAUGAGGGAUAUGAGGUGUUAAAGUUUGACGACGUGAUUACAAACUUGGGGAACCACUACGACGCGAGCACCGGGAAGUUCACCUGCCAUGUGUCCGGGAUCUAUUUCUUCACCUACCAUGUGUUGAUGCGGGGAGGAGACGGCACCAGCAUGUGGGCCGACCUGUGCAAAAACGGACAGGUACGGGCCAGUGCCAUAGCUCAAGACGCAGACCAGAACUACGACUACGCCAGCAACAGCGCCGUGCUGCACUUGGACUCUGGAGACGAGAUCUACGUCAAACUGGACGGCGGCAAAGCUCACGGAGGCAACAACAACAAGUACAGCACCUUCUCCGGCUUCAUCUUAUACCCCGAUUAAACCACACGACAGCAGCUCCAUGGACAGUGAUCACAGCUGAAAACUGUUUCCAUUAAAGUGUACGGUCCAAUAUGUUUCUCCUCUUUUGAAGAUAGGUGCCACAACACACAGGCUUAUCUGUAUGUUCUGUUCAUUUAGUGAGGGACCCUUUGUGUGUUUGGUUUCACUUAAGUUCAGAUGCUCUACUGUCAUCAGAGUAUCUUACAACUGCAGACCUACAGUAACACCCCAUGUACGCUUUGAGCUGAGAAAGUCGUGUUUCCUAAGUUUACUAAAUUGCUUUGGGGAAAUGAGCUCCAGUAAAGGUCUUACGGGCUGCUCACUGUGUGUGUGUUAACGGUAUCUAAUAUUUCAGACUGGCCCGAUGAAAGAAAUCCAUUAAAAUCGAGAGAUAAACUAAAAGUCAGAGCAGCUGUUUUCAGAGUACACCUUGGCCAGCGGUGUUUGGACCUAAGGCCCGGUCACACCAGUUCAUUUCAAUGGAAUCAUGAGAUGAUUCUCUUGUGGGGAAAAUACAAAUAUUUUAAAGAUAUUUUAACCUUUGUGAACUAUGACUCAGUGGAAAUCUCAGAGUUCACGAGUUGUGACGUGUUUGCUGACAUUUUCAGAAAUAGCAGAGGUCAUGAAAGUCCAUUUUUCAGUGGAUGGUUAGUUAAUAUAUUGUAAUGUUAGUCAUAUAUUAUUUUUCUUUGUAAUUUUAUAUGUCUGAGGAAAAUGUUGGCAUUCCCAGCGGCCGCAUCUUUUUCCUUUUUCAUUAUGUCUCGGCAUUUCCUGCUUGAUGUUACUUGCUUGCUAGUUUGCUAAACCUCGGUGGCUUCUAGAUGCCAUUGCCUUCCCAUGUUGUAACCAUGAGCUCACAAGUUCUAUUUGAAGGCAGCAAGAGAGCUAAAGAGUCCCAAAUGGAGGACGCUACGGUAGCUUAUUAGCUGUGUUGCACCGUCCACCUUUAUUUCGUAUAAACUGUUUCACAUAAGAGAAAUGGUCUGCAGACAGUCAUGAGACAAGAGACAAUACAUCAGUUAAAAAACAGUGAAUUCACUGUCCCGCUAGCGACAAAGCUAACAAGCUUGUAGCUGAGAGUUAGCAAGCCUGCUAGUUUGAAACAAAAUGUCGGGGGAGUAAACAGCAGUUUUUCCUUAUCCGCUGCGAGGGUCAUAAGGACAGAGGGAUGUCGUAUGCUGUAAAGCCCUGUGAGGCAAAUUGUGAUUUGUGAUAUUGGGCUUUAUAAAUAAAAUUGAUUGAUUGAUUGAUUGUAUAGUAAAGCUCAUAAAGCUAUUGUGACUGACUAGCGCUAGCAUGUUCCUAGGUGGAUAAUAUAUUAGUAGUUAGCACGCCAAAUCUGUCACUAUGUCAUCAAGCUUCUACAACCAAGCCCCCAGGAAGUGCGCUGGGCUUUAAAGCCAGUUUUCCUUGUGGCCAAGCAGUGGAAUUACAACUUCUGGAUCCAUCUGUGAUGCCAUGGGACACAAAAAGACAGUUUUACAUUGACUUACAUUGUAAAAGAGACAUCUGUAAAUCAGUGGUUACAUUUUUUUUCAGUGUCACAACUAUCGAUUUGAUGCAUUCAGUCCGAUAACAUUUUAAAAGUACAGAAGAGCUGCAAUAAUUUCAUCCCCAUUCAAGUUAGCGGAGAGCUAAACGAAGGUUAGCCAGUCUGGCCGGUGGAAAUUAGCCACUAUGCUCUAUGGACCCACCCAAUCAGUAGACAGUCAAACUCUUUUGGCUUUAUGUGCAACUGAGCAACUUUCAUCGGAGAGACCAGGGCAUCUCCAGUUCUAUUUAUACAUCCACGAGUUGUGCAGAUCAAACACUCUCUGGUGUGACCAGGCCUUUAUUUGGUAACUAAACUACCGACAUUCUGAGCCACGUGAUUUUAAAAAAGCCCGAUCUCCAGUUAUUUUUCUUUCUUUUCUUUUUUGCUCCAAAGCAGAACGAGCAACAACUCAAACAGACAUACUGUAGCCAAUGUCUUUCUCCCCAUGAUUCACCUGCCACACACCUGAACUGGAUAAGCCAGGCCUGUUUCAGAUGAUACGAUCAGUUGGUGCGAUGACGUCAGUGGAACACAUUAGAUAAGAUGCAAACAAUCUAGGCCAUCUUGAUUGCUAUAGCUAUAGCAAAACCGUGGUGCUUUGAGUCGUGUUCAGUGUUUCACUCAAUAACCCAAUAGCCGCACAUGAGAGAUACAAACGGAUGUGUUGCAUCAAUAUUGUAUCAGUUAUAUUUUGUU